CUUUAAAGCAGAGCUCCCGGUGACAGGCGAGAGAGCUGGUUCGGCAGUGCGGUCGCGGCUUUCUGCACUCCCGGCGGCGGAAUGGCCCGUGCGCUGCUCGUCGCGUCUCCGGCCUGCGACCCUUAGACGCCCAAGCCCGCUCUCCGCGCCAAUCCUCCCGCGCGGACGCUGCCAGCGAGCCGGCGGUGCGGCGGCGACUCGGCUCCUGUGGUCGCUUCUCUCAGGCUGCUCGAUCAGGAUUUUUAGACUCUGAGGAACAAUUGGAGCUAACCCACACCAUGGAAAUGGAAACCACUGAACCUGAGCCAGACUGUGUAGUGCAGCCUCCCUCUCCUCCUGAUGAUUUUUCAUGCCAAAUGAGACUGUCUGAGAAGAUCGCUCCAUUGAAGACUUGUUUUAAGAAAAAGGAGCAAAAGAGAUUGGGAACUGGAACCCUGAGGUCUUUGAGGCCCAUUUUAAAUACUUUGCUAGAAUCUGGCUCACUUGAUGGUGUUUUCAGAUCUAGAAACCAGAGUGCAGAUGAGAGCAGCUUACAUGAACCUAUUGUGAAAAAACCCCUGGAAAUCAGUCCAUCAUGUCCACCAGCAGAAAAUAGUAUGUCUGUUCUGAUUCCUGAUGGGACAAGUGUUGGGGGGCAAAUACCAGAAGCCCAUCCUUCCACUGAUGGUCCAGAACAAGUGGUUCCAAUCCAGGAUCACAGCUUUCCACCUGAAACUCUUAGUGGGACGGUGGCCGAUUCUACAGCAGGGCACUUCCAGACUGACCUUUUGCAUUCAGUUUCAAGUGAUGUUCCUGCUAGUCCUGACUGCAUAGACAAAGUUAUGGAUUACAUUCCAGGAGUUUUCCAAGACAACAGUUUUACAAUCCAAUACAUUUUGGACACCAGUGAUAAGUUGAGUACUGAGCUCUUUCAGGACAAAAGUGAAGAGGCUUCCCUUGACCUUGUGUUUGAGCUGGUAAACCAGCUACAGUACCAUACUCACCAGGAGAACGGAAUUGAAAUUUGCAUGGACUUUUUGCAAGGCACUUGUAUUUAUGGCAGGGAUUGUUUGAAGCACCACACGGUGUUGCCAUAUCAUUGGCAGAUCAAGAGGACAACUACUCAAAAAUGGCAGAGUGUAUCCACUGAUUCCCAGGAGCACUUGGAAAGAUUUUACUGUAACCCAGAGAAUGAUAGAAUGAGAAUGAAGUAUGGAGGACAAGAAUUUUGGGCAGAUUUGAAUGCCAUGAAUGUGUAUGAAACAACUGAAUUUGACCAACUACGAAGGCUGUCCACACCACCCUCUAGCAAUGUAAACUCUAUUUACCACACAGUCUGGAAGUUCUUCUGUAGGGACCACUUUGGAUGGAGAGAGUAUCCUGAGUCUGUUAUUCGAUUGAUUGAAGAAGCCAACUCUCGAGGUCUGAAAGAGGUCCGAUUUAUGAUGUGGAACAACCACUACAUUCUUCACAACUCAUUCUUCAGGAGAGAAAUAAAAAGGAGACCCCUCUUCCGCUCCUGUUUUACACUGCUUCCGUAUUUACAGACACUUGGUGGUGUUCCCACACAGGCUCCUCCACCUCUUGAAGCAACUUCAUCAUCACAGAUCAUCUGCCCUGAUGGGGUCACCUCAGCAAACUUUUACCCUGAAACUUGGAUUUAUAUGCAUCCAUCUCAGGACUUCAUCCAAGUGCCUGUUUCUGUAGAGGACAAAAGUUAUCGAAUCAUCUAUAAUCUUUUUCAUAAGACUGUGCCUGAGUUUAAAUAUAGAAUUUUGCAAAUACUGAGAGUCCAAAACCAGUUUCUUUGGGAGAAAUAUAAAAGGAAAAAGGAAUAUAUGAACAGGAAAAUGUUUGGCCGUGACAGGAUAAUCAAUGAGAGACAUUUAUUUCAUGGAACAUCCCAGGAUGUGGUAGAUGGAAUCUGCAAGCACAACUUUGACCCUCGAGUCUGUGGAAAGCAUGCUACAAUGUUUGGACAAGGCAGUUAUUUUGCAAAGAAGGCAAGCUAUUCUCAUAACUUUUCUAAGAAGUCCUCCAAAGGAGUCCAUUUCAUGUUUCUGGCCAAAGUGCUAACUGGCAGAUACACAAUGGGCAGUCAUGGCAUGAGAAGACCCCCUCCUGUCAAUCCUGGCAGUGUUACCAGUGACCUGUAUGACUCUUGUGUGGAUAAUUUCUUUGAGCCUCAGAUUUUUGUCAUUUUUAAUGAUGAUCAGAGUUACCCUUAUUUUGUUAUCCAAUAUGAAGAAGUCAGUAACACUGUUUCCAUUUGAAAAAUCUUGGUACUGCUAAAUUAUUUGAUAUGAACUCAAUCCAGCAUUUGUAGCAGGUUGUGGAUGGGUGGGACAGAGUGGGGAACAGCAUUGGACAUUAAUAGGGCACUUUUAAGACCCAUUUUUUAAGUGCUAGAAAGCGAAAAAUUUUUUAAAGAAAAACAAUUUUAAAAUGACCACUUAUUCUUUAAUUAUUUACUAAUUGUUGUUAGUGUACUCAGUGUGGAAAAGACUACAGAUUGCAUACUCUUUUUAUUCACACUUGUACAUAUAGGCAGCAAUGGUAUUAGAAGCAUUUUUAAAAAGAAACUGAACAGCCUAACCAAUUAAAUGCGACUUAAGCCUGGUAGAAGUUUGGCCAAAUGAAAUGGAGGCUGUGAGCAAAGUGAGGAUUCUGUUACUUAUAAUGAUAAAACGACUGGAGCUAAUACUAUCAUACUUAUUCCCUGUCCAAAGCAUCACUUACAUUGUAGGAUAAGUUCAUGAAAUUCUAGUGGGUGGAAAGAAGUUUUUAUUCCUAUCAGCAGAACUGAAAUAUAUCACCCAAGCAGAGAGCAUUGGUGACUUUAACUGUUCUGCAGAAUUUGCCUGAGGAUUCAGAGGAAAUAAAGAAAAAAAAA